GGGUUUUAGCCCUCUUCGUUGCGCAGGCGUAUUGAACAUUUCCGGGAAAAGCAACAUCUCGGUAAAAAUUCAGCGCAAAAGUGAAUGGUUGAGGGAGGUACCAUAUAAACAUCCUGGAGGCAGAAGAUAACCAGGCAACUGGCUACCUCUUUACAAGACUAAACUCUUUAAGUCUACAAGACCAGUCUGGUUUCCAGUGCGCUAGUAGCAGUAGUUCCCAGGUAACACAAUCUGAGAUGCCAAUCAGACGGAAACGAUCCUCCCCUACCAUGGAGGAAUCUCGGUCAAAGAGAGCAAAAUACACACAAUCCCGGAGAGGACAGACUAGUUCCACAGAAGCAUUUAGUGCUAAGCAAUGUAUAGCAUGGUUUCAUGAAUACACAGAUCCUGAUGAGGAUGUAUUGGGACCAGAAGGUAUGGAGAAAUUCUGUGAAGAUAUAGGAGUGGAACCUGAAAAUAUUGUGAUGUUGUCUCUAGCCUACACAUUAGAUGCUAAAUCAAUGGGCUUCUUUACUUUAGCAGAAUGGCUUAAAGGCAUGUCAGAAUUACAGUGUGAUUGUAGCAACAAAGUUCAACAGAAAUUAGAAUAUCUUAGAAAUUUGUUAGAAGAUCCUGUACAGUUUAAAAAUAUCUACAGAUAUGCAUUUGAUUUUGCAAGGGAUAAAGACCAAAGAAGUAUGGACAUGGACACAGCGAAAGCUAUGUUAACAUUGUUAUUGGGUAAAAAAUGGCCACUGUUUCCCAAUUUCCAUCAAUAUUUAGAUCAAUCGAAAUAUAAAGUGAUCAACAAAGACCAAUGGUGUAAUAUACUUGAGUUUAGUAGAAGUAUAUUUCCAGAUCUUACUAAUUAUGAUGAGGAUGGUGCUUGGCCAGUAUUGUUAGACGAGUUUGUUGAUUGGUUCAAAGAUCAAAGACAGAUGAGCAGCUGAUGUAAUGAUGGGACCAAAACGAGAACAUGCAGAAAACAACAGAGAAAAUCAUUACACUUGAUUUUGCGCUUAAAUUGCAUAAUUUUUACAAGGACUUGGAGAAAAAUAUUCUAAUGGAGUAAAGUUUUUAGUGAUGUUAAUUAGGCAAUCAGUUUUUCAGAAAUCCUCAGUAGUUUUAAAUUUGGUAGAAUUCAAAGUAGUACCAAAUUAACGGAGUUAGCUGAUGUGAUAAAAUGUCUUUCCAUUUUAAUAAAUCAUGCCAGUAAGAUGGGUUUUUGAUCACGGGUCCUCAUUACAUGGGUCUUUCAUAGCUAUUAGUAAAGGUGUGUUGAUUGCUUACAUUUCAUGUGUUCAUUUGUAACAUAGACUUUCAUGAAAUAGUUACAGAAUUAACUUGGCAUUAAAUAUCUACAGUAUAAAUAAGAUAUAAACUACAGGGCCGAUAUUCAUCAGCAUUUAAAGUCUGAAACAUGGACUUAAAUUCUUGCUUUUGUCAAAUUAGCACAGAGGGUAAUGAAACUUUGCAUGAAUGUUCAUUCUGUGGCUGUGGACAGCACUGUAAAAGUUACACAAGGUAGUGGAUCUGUAAUGAUAUUCGGCAAUUUUUGUACGAUUAGGUAUCUUCUGUAUCCGAUUUCGAUAUUCUCCAGCUUGAUGUUUGCACAACCUGCAUUAGUAGCCAGAAAAUGCCGAUAAGGCAUAAGAAGAUUUGUCAUAUGAGCGGCGCCAUGAGAAAACCAACAUAGUGCGUUUGCGACCAGCAUGGAUCCAGGUCAGCAUGCGCAGUAUGGUCAGGAUACAUGCUGUUCGCUAAUAGUUUCUCUCAUUGCAAAAGGCUUUGAAAGCGCAUAGCAUGGAUCCUGACCAGACUGCACUGAUGCGCAUGCUGGUCUGGAUCCAUGCUUGUCGCAAACUCACUAUGUUGGUUUUCUCAUGGCGCGGCUCAAUUAUGGAAAUUGCUGCCUGUCACCUCAGGUCCAUUACCUUGACUUUACUAUAAACAAAUUUAUGGCAACAUGAAUAUUUGCCCAUUAUUAAGUGUCAACUUUAAACGUUGAUUAAUACGGACACUAGUGCAGAAUAUUCAUUACUAUACAUGUAUGUUAUGUUUUACUGCAGUAGAGAGGGAAUUGUAUUUGGUGGUGAGAAUAUAUAUUGAUCAUUUAUUGUCACUGUAAAUGAAUGUUUAAGCUACUGUUUUGAUGAUAUUUAUAGAUCAUUAAAUUUGUUUGGAGAAAAUGGCAGACAUUGUGCGACAGCGGGCACAAUAUUCUUAUUUUAAAAGGUCAAAGUUACUACCGAAGUGUUCAGUUUUGGGUUUAUCUGGUUCAGAAAUAAGUAAAUUUAUUUGAGCAAAGUACAACACAUAUUGAUAAACUUGCUGUCUUUUUUAUAACAAAUAUGAAAUACAGAAAUAUUACAUUACAGUAGAAAGAAGUGUAUCAAUAUUGAUGCAGUUCCAAUUUGUAAUUUAUAUAUUAUGUAAAUGUUUAGCUAUUGUUUUUGAGAGCUGCUAAUGUUCUUACCUGCUCAUUGUGCCAUGCUUAAAUGUGAUAAUAGCCUGGCCUGAUCUUGAUGUUUGUUUUAAACCAGAUUUUAUACAGUAGACUAGAAUAUCAAAACUCUAAUAAAUAUACGGUGGGGAGAAAAAAUUAUUCAGUUUUUUACACACUAGCAACUAAACUGGUUCUGAAGACUAGAAUAUCAAAAUGAAUGAAGAAAGGCUAAGUUGGGGAGGAAACUUAUCAGUUUUUCAGACACUAGCAACUUAACUGGUUACUUUUUUAUAAGAAAAUAAAUAUUUAUUAGUAAUAGAUAGUUAUAGGCAAGUUUAAGAUGAUCAGAUGAUAGGAAAUUUACAUUAACCCUUAGCCCACUUAAUUUUUAUAAUGGAAUGGUCCAUCAUUCAAUUUGGGCAAUACCAUUUAUUAUUUGAAAGGGUGUUUGCUGAAAAUUUACUGACUGAAUAGCGAGCUGUGCAGACCAUGAUCUUGGUCUGCACUGGUCGCAAAGGCAGAAAUAUUCACCGCCAGCAGGCUAAAGGUUUAAGAAUUAUUGGGAAGUUGAAGCUAAUAUGAAUGCACUAAAGGAAAAUUCGAAAUUUAUGGGAAAGUUUUAAGAUUAUUUGAAAUCUACUUGAAGAAUUAUGAUGAAGUAUAAGAUAUUGAAUUGGAAAAUGUUUUCAAAAAAUUAUAGGGAAUUUUAUGGAAAUUUGUACAUAAAAAUGAAGUCUUUCAAUUGCAUUGGUUACCUUGAGUAUAGAAAUGAGACACAGUCUUUUUUUUUUGUUAUUUAACAACAUUUAUGAUUAUGGGUGUGAGAACAUCACUGCUGCAUGUGGUUCUGGGAGGAUCUGUGUAUGAAAAGAAUUGGAACCACUGCCUUACCUUUGCAUGAUCGUAAGAGGCGACUAAUAGGGUCUGAACACUUGGUUUUGCAGUUUCUCUGUGAUUCCAGCAGGUAUGCAAAUUUUGAUUCCAUACCGCAUAUUUUUAUUUCGAUGUAAAUGAGAGGUGGAACCAAAAUUUGUAGUCCUGUUUGGCGCCAUAUAACCUAUACUGUGUUGGUGCGCCGUAAAACCCAAAUAAAUAAAUAAAUAAAUAGAUUAUGAAGAAUUUGUCUGAAAAUCUGUUAUGUUAUGUAUUCUAAAUGAAAUUGUUUUCUUUUGGAGUAAGUUUUAGAAGUGCUAUUUUUUAUUUAAAGGAGAACUUUGUAAUUAUUAUUUGAUGUGUUUUAAGUUGUGUGUAUAUGUUAAUUUUACUGUGUUUGUCCUACAACGUGUUAAUGAACCUCGCUUGAGACAUACUUACGCUUUUUACACUGUUAAAUUAAAGCCACAGUGAAAACCCUGCAAUUUUGAUAUUAAAAUUCGAAAAUUUCAAAGGGCUUUGGUUCAUCCAUGCAGAAAUAUAAAUCUCUGAUCAAAGUUGAAACUAUAAUGCUGAGUACAUCCCUGUUCUUUGGCAAACCCGCCCGCUUAGCUCAGUAGGUAGAGCGUUGGUCUACGGAUCGCGGGGUCGUGAGUUCGAUCCUCGGGCGGGGCGUAUGUUCUCCGUGACUAUUUGAUAAACGACAUUGUGUCUGAAAUCAUUAGUCCUCCACCUCUGAUUCAUGUGGAGAAGUUGGCAGUUACUUGUGGAGAACAGGUUUGUACUGGUACAGAAUCCGGGAACACUGGUUAGGUUAACUGCCCGCCGUUACAUGACUGAAAUACUGUUGAAAACGGCAUUAAACCCAAAACAAACAAACAAACUGUUCUUUGGCAGUCUGUUCUUGAUUGUUUUGUAUUCAAAAAUGUAACAUAGCUGGGCGUAAAUGAAUAUUCAGCAAUUGUUUGAAAGAAAAAAAGACAAUUAUUUAACAGAAUGUAGUAGUAAUUUAUCAUGUCUGUAACUGAUAGUGAUUGUACUAAAUAGUAUGUAAUAAAUCUUCCACGCAUUAUAAUCUUGUAGAUUUGAUGUUUUAUGAUACAUACAAGCACAUCUGUAUAAAGAUACCUCAUCUCUCAUAAACCAUCUUGUUGAUAUCUGAUAAAACACCAAAAGUAAUAAACAAUAUUACAAUUA